AUGUAUGGUGUCGUUGUUACUCCACCACUCUUUGAAACAGAAAUAAUGCAUGUCGUUUAUGUGGAGGAAAAGAUUGGUCUUCUAUUUAUUAAACGAGCUCCAGUAACAAAUAGAGCAAAAUUGACCAAACAAGAACGUAAAGAUCUCGACAAAGCUGAAAGAAGAAGAUCUCUUGUAUUCGGUGAUUGGAUUGAAUUUGAAGAAAGCGACAUUAUAGAACGUUGUAUUGAGAAUUAUGUAAAGAUUUAUCCAUUGCAUCCUUGCCGCAGCUUUGGCGAUUGUCUGCAGAUUGCAUCAACUUGUGUCUUUUCACCAUUAGCUGAUGGAUGGGUGAAUGAAUGUUACUGUGAAUUGUUCGGUAAAGUUCGGGUUGAUCCGGAAUUAAGGAACUGUUUUCUUGCUGAUGUUGCAUACCGUUGCUGGAUUUCUGUGGAAGUAACGAGAAUAUCGUCUUUGAAUGUGGAGGUUGGUGAGUAUAUAGAUGUAUCAGAGGAACAGAAUCUGGUAAAUGAAGCGCCUUGGAAUCAACAGGAUCCCAGAUUUAUUACCAUCAUCAGUAGCGAUACCGAUGAGAGCGAUUCGGAUCUAAGGGAAGAUUUUUCUCGAGUAUCGUGUCCGUAUGAGAUCUGCAAUGUGGAGGGUGUACUAGUUAGUGAACGAAAUGUGUACAGUAGCCAGUAUCGAUACGCUAAAAUCACAUUGGCCUAUGUUAAACGUGUUCGGCGUACUCCCGUCGGCUGCCGCAUACAUUUUAACGCAUACUACAGUAUUCCUUUACAAUCAUAUAUAGUUCGGUCAUAUCGUCCUUUGGAGAAAAAAUCGUUUACAGUGAAGCCCUUUGCAUUUGGAUCACUAUUUUUGUUGGAAGUUUACGCCAAAUGGGGACCGAGUUUGCCGAUGGGAUAUUUGUGGAGCGAAGAUGAGGAUCUAGGAUUGAUCCACGAUGCUGAAGGGCUGCUGCUACCUAUACUGUUAGGUAAAAAUCCUUAUGCAUCGGUAUGCGUAUAUGUGGCAGAUGUAGGUCCUAAUCGUUUAAGUCGUUUUGCCGUAAAAGAUCUUUCCGACAUGACAACAAAGAAGGCGAGUGCUAUUAUGAAUAGCGGCUAUACAGAGCUGUCGGAUGAUGGCUUGGUUUUGGGUGACGGUUCUCUUCUAGCAUCCCGUUAUCUUUGUUUGGAAAUCCGCUUCGACAGCAGUUCGCCAGAAGGAUGGGACAAACUUGUUCCUGGGACAUGGAUCAACUUCACAGCUUGGAGUUCUCCUGGCAUUCCAGAAUUCAGAAUCAAAACCUGGAACUCAAUAUUCAAUCCAGUUUUAAUGCAGAUUCAUGCAGUUCCAACUUGCCGUGGUUAUGCGUUUGAGACAUUUGGCUAUUUCAAACAAGAGCUAGGUGCUAUAAAAUCAUCCGUAUUUGGUUUUAUUGAAAUACCACGUGAAAAGUGGUCAUUGAUGAAUGCGGAAGAUAAAGGUGUGACGACUCUUUGGGUGCGAGAAGAUAAAAGAAAUAAAAAAACACGAUUUGUACUUCAUUCGAUUGAAGCCCCACAGGAUGUUGUAAAAGAUACGGAUGAAGAGUCAUUGCAGCCUUUGAUGAAUGAUGUUCAGCAAUGUUAUGUAACAGAAAAGUUCAUUGUGCCUUGUAAAGGAAUUGACUGUGAAGGCAAACAGUUACUGCUGCGCUGCUUUAACAAUCGUGCCAUCGUAAACAAUCUGAUUAAAGUAUCAGCCGAUGAACUUUUGACUAGUAUUGUGAAGCUUCUGACAACGGAAAAGCCGGAAGAUUGA